UUAGACUGGCAGUAGAAUUUCUUGCAGGGUAUUUUAUAUGAAAUGAAAAUUGUACUACGCUUCAUUUAGAAAAGGAAAAAUAAUUUCUUACUGAAUUGGACAUAAUAAGUACAAUAUAUUACAAAUGAUACCGGCUGACAAUGAACAAAACAAAUAUCAUAUAAUUUACUUGAAAAGUUUUUAUCUAAUUGAAACUCUUAUUUAUUACGAAUGAUGUUCAUUUUAAAAUACAUGCACUUUAAAUCCUAAGCAAACUUUUAGUGUUUUUUACUUUAGAAGUUGUUACUUUCCCUUCACUUCUCAUUUUGAGUACUACUUGCAUCCACAACAUGUGGACCUUUCUCGGAAUUGCAAGCUUCACCUACGUUUACAAAAAAUACGACGCUUACGUGCACAAGGAGCUCGUGGUGGCGACUCUGCUGCUGCUCGCCGCGGGCUUGUCGCUGUCCUGCGUCCGCUACCGCGGCGGACUGACGCUCGGAGCCCCGCGGAGACUGUGCGCGCUCUUCGGUCCGCUGGCAUCGCUACACUUCGCCGAGCGCCUCUUCCGCCGCUCAUCGUCCCGGAGCGCCGGCAGCAAAGGCGCCGCGUCUAAAUCGACAAGCGGUCGAAGGCAAAGAGCGGAGCGGACUGAGGCGCAGUGCGGUGGGAGCGGCGAGUCCCCGGAGCCUGAAGUCGUUAUUGUGGGUGCCGGGGUGUUGGGCUCCGCUAUGGCUGCGGUGCUGGGGAGAGACGGCCGGAGAGUCACCGUGAUCGAGAGGGACCUCCGCGAACCGGACAGGAUCGUGGGGGAGCUGCUGCAGCCGGGGGGGUACCGUGCCCUAAUGGACCUGGGGCUGGAAAAUUCAGUCGAGGGUCUGGAUGCCCACGUUGUGAAAGGGUACGUGGUCCAUGACCUGGACAGCAACAUGGAGGUGGAGAUCCCCUACCCACAGGCAGGGGGCGCCAUUCAAUGUGGGCGAGCCUUUCACCACGGCCGCUUCAUCAUGGGCCUGCGGCAGGCUGCCAUGGCUGAGCCAAACGUGACGUUCAUCGAAGGCACAGUGACCAGCUUGGAGGAGAUCAGCGGAUGUGUCACAGGAGUUCAGUACAGGCUGAAGGAAACCGGAGAAAUGAAGGAGAUUCAGGUGCCUCUGACCGUGGUUGCUGAUGGCUGUUUCUCCAAGUUUAGAAAAAGCCUUGUGCCAGAUAAAGUGAAAAUCUCUUCUCACUUUGUUGGAUGCAUAAUGAAGGAUUCCCCACAGUUCAAGGCCAAUCAUGCUGAGCUUGUGCUGGCAAACCCCAGCCCCAUCCUCAUCUACCAGAUUUCCUCCAAGGAAACCAGGGUGCUGGUGGACAUCCGAGGCGAGAUGCCAAGGAGCCUCAUGGAAUACAUGCGGGAGAGGAUCCAUCCUCAGCUGCCAGAGCACAUGAAGGAGCCAUUCCUCGAGGCACUGCAGAAUGACCGCUUGAGGACCAUGCCAGCGAGCUUUCUGCCCCCUUCUCCUGUAAACAAACCAGGGGUCAUCCUCUUGGGCGACGCCUACAACAUGAGGCACCCUGUGACUGGGGGUGGGAUGAGCGUGGUGCUAAAUGACGUCAGGAUAUGGAGGGAGCUCCUGAGGAACAUCCCAGACCUCUAUGAUGAGGACACGGUGAAGCGGGCUAAAAGGAGAUUCCACUGGGAGAGGAAGUCCUCUCACUCGUUCGUGGUGAACGUGCUGGCGCAGGCUCUUUACGAGCUGUUUGCCGCUACUGAUGAUUCCCUGCACCAGCUGAGAAAAGCCUGCUUCCACUACUUCAGGCUGGGUGGGGAGUGCAUUGCUGGCCCUAUUGGCCUGUUGUCAGUGCUCUCCCCCAAGCCCAUGACUCUCAUCGGGCACUUCUUCGCCGUGGCUCUGUACGCCAUCUACUUCAGCUUCUGCUCCGAGUCCUGGCUAACCAAGCCCCGGGCGCUGCUGCGGAGUGCCAGCAUCAUGUACCGGGCGUGUGCCAUCAUGCUCUCGCUUAUUUACUCCGAGUUUAAGUACCUGAUCCACUGACCCUCUGGCACCGAUAUCAAAGUCACCAUAUUUACUGCCUUCACCAUCUAAUGACUUUUUACCCCCCCCAGUUAGUGACACAGUGACAUCCGGUGGAGUCCAGAAUGUUUAAUGCCUUGAAGCGGCCUGAGGAAUCCCCAAUGUAACACACAGUCACAUACCUAUGACUUGUAGAAGGAUUUAAGAUGGGGUGGUCCUUCAGGGGUCCCUAAAGAUAAAAUUUGGUUUAUGUGAGUGACAAUGACACAGAACUAUUUAAGGGGAUGGUUUUUGUCUUUUUUUGGCACCCAUAUGCACCCUUGACAGCUCAAACCAUGGUCACAUACCAGUGCCUUUUAACCAGGACUGUAUGCCUUUAUCAACGUAAAACAAAGAAAUUUGCCUUUCAGUUUUUUUGUCUUUUCCGUGACAUUCAGCAGCAUUAUUUGCUAGUUUGCCAGUACCACAAGAUUACCAUAAAUUAACACAUUAAACAGUCCUGUCGUUUGUUAAAUUUGAUGCGCUUGACAAACCAUUAUGCUGCUAAAUUUGUAAUUUGUAUAUAAAAUUCAUUUGAAGAAAAAACACGAUGUCAGAUGAUUAAGAUUAGUAUUAUUCAAUAUGUCCUGUAUUCACAACCACAUGGUAACAAAUUAAUUUCACCCACCUUACAGUGAAACUUAGUGCCUAAACUAAGGCAACUGGUAAUACUUUUUAAAAAAUUAAUUCGGCAUUCUUUUGUAUACAAAACACAUGUACGUUUAACUUGUGCAUUUUCUACCAAAGAAAAAUCUUUCAAUAAGAUGAAAAAUUCGUACGACGAUAAUCAGAUGUAGUGUAUUGAGGUGUUCUAAUUAUCUGUGCAUUAUGCAUCGCUACAUAUGUCUAACUUAAGUUACACGCUAGCAUUUGUCAGACUUCUAAAUUCACCCAUGUGUCGUGUAUUUUUAAUGAGCUGGACGCAUCUGCCUUUUGCUUUCAGUUAGCUCUUUGUACCGUUUGUAGUGACAUUUUUACUUUGUGAUGCUGUUUGUAUCAUUAUGUGGUUAAAGAAAACCAUAAAUAUAUCCCCACUGGGAGUCUGUGAUAAAAAGAGGCUGAUUAUC